UUUCUCUGUCUAGAUCUCUGUUCACAACUCCUUCCCUCCGCUGCUCUCCGCCUUCCUCCCGCCCUUCAAUCCCCUGGCUUGGUGCCCUGGAGACACAGUUAUUUCCCCGUCCGUCACUCUUGGCUGUCUGGACUACUGGUUUCCUCUCCGAGUUUGGGAGGAGCGGCCGGGACUAGGGGUACAGGAGCCGGUGACCAGGAAGGGAGAAGGGGGCCUCGGGGCGUGGAGAGCACAAACAGAGCGGGGAGAAUAGGCUGCGGGACCCAGCCAGCCCCUCCUCUAGGAGGGACCCAGCAGUCCUGGCGCCCAGCCCCAGCGCCAUGAGGCCGCUUCUGCCCCUCCUGCUGCUGGCCCUGGUGGCCGGCUCGCCCCCAUUGGACGACAACAAGAUCCCCAGCCUGUGCUCCGGGCAUCCUGGCGUCCCGGGUACCCCCGGGCAUCACGGCAACCAAGGCCUGCCUGGCCGCGAUGGCCGAGAUGGGCGAGAUGGGGCGCCUGGGACUCCGGGCGAGAAGGGUGCCGGCGGGCACCCGGGGCUGCCUGGGCCUCGGGGGGACCCGGGGCCACCAGGAGAGUCAGGGCCAAUGGGAGCAGCAGGGCCAGCGGGUGAGUGCGCAGUGCCUCCCCGGUCAGCCUUCAGUGCCAAACGCUCAGAAAGCCGGGUGCCUCCACCUGCUGACACACCCUUGCCAUUCGACCGGGUGCUGGUGAACGAGCAGGGGCACUAUGAUCCUACCACGGGCAAGUUUACCUGCCAGGUGCCUGGCCUCUACUACUUUGCUGUCCACGCCACUGUCUACCGUGCUAGUUUGCAGUUCGACCUUGUGAAGAAUGGCGAAUCGGUGGCUUCCUUCUUCCAGUUCUUUGGUGGAUGGCCAAAGCCAGCCUCACUCUCUGGGGGAGCCCUAGUAAGACUGGAGCCUGAGGACCAAGUCUGGGUGCAAGUGGGCGUGGGUGACUACAUUGGCAUCUAUGCCAGUGUCAAGACAGACAGUACCUUCUCUGGCUUCCUAGUUUAUUCUGACUGGCACAGUUCCCCUGUCUUUGCCUGAUGCUUCCCACUCUCCAGGAAGGUUGCUCACUUCUUCCUUCCUGGGAUGCUACACCCUCUAUUCUAAGAAGGGUGUCACUGCCCCAGCUGCAUCUGCUCUGAGGAGGGCUGGCUCCCCCUUCGUGUGGGUGAGUAGGGAGAUAGGGGCAUCUUACUCUUGCUGUCGAUAGGGACAGGAGGGCAUUAUUGACAGGGAAGUGUGCCCACUGAAGGCAUAACGGGAAAGUGGCCAGAUUUCUAUCCAAAAGAAAGGCAUAUGACCUGCAUCUGGCAAUCAUGCCCCAUGGGCACGGGUGUUUUGGUUCCCCAGUCCUCAGGGCCCAAAGCCUCAGUGGUAAUGGUGGUAAUGGUGGGGAGACCUUCACCCUUUUCCCUCUGGGUCCCUUCCCUCUGUAUUCCUUUACCCCAGGAACAGGGUCUUAUGCUUAGACAUCACUCAAAUAAAUCUACAAAAAUCC